CAAGAACAUUAUUAAAUAGGUACUAACAUGUCUCCCUUCGUAGUCUUCGCCCUUUGCCUGCAGGCUUGCUUGAUUCAGUCCGUGAUGAGUCAGUCCUGCGGAUUCCCACAACUUCCCUACGGGUCCGGAUUGAGCGGACUCGGCGGUCUCAACAGCGCGAGUCAAAGCGCGCCCGCGCCGCCGCCUCCCGUGCCCACGCCUCCGUGCGCGUCGUACGGCGGCGUGGGCACCGGGCAGGUCGGCGUGUCCGGCGACAUCGACGCGAGCGGCCAGACCGUCGUCGUCGGCUCCGUGCCCGUGCUUGGCUCCGUCGACUUCAGCGGCACAGUGCCGGCGUCCGGCUCCGUCUCCAUAUCAGGACAGUGCGGAUGCGGAUGCAAUGCGUAG